GCUGAUGCUGCGGUGGGAGGUCUUUCUGUCGACGCAUGCGCAGAGCGGUUUUGCAACAUCUGUCACAUCUUUUGUUGUUGGUACAGAUUUAAACGUCGAGCUCAGCUACGGAAAUACGCAGCGUAGGUUUCCCUCAACAUGACAUCACGUAUAGGUCUCAGAGCUGCCGGUACCAAUGGAAGUGACUUCAAACACAGAGAGAGGGUGGCCCCACAAUACCAAAUGAGUGCUGCCAUGAAGUCGGAGGUGCGGAAGUUAAACCUGGUCCACCUUCUCCUCUGGCUGCUUGUGGCAGCACAGGUGACUGUCAGCCACUUGGACCUGGUGUCACAUGACACAGUGUCCAUGCCGUACCAGUGGGAGUACCCCUACCUGCUCAGCCUCCUCCCUCUGCUCUUCAGCAGCCUGUCACUGCCAAAGAACAACAUCAGUUACCUGGUCAUAUCAAUGAUCAGCGGAGGGCUGUUCUCUAUAGCACCUCUCAUUUAUGGUGGAAUGGAGAUGUUUCCUGUAGCACAGCAGCUCUACCGCCAUGGAAAGGCCUACCGCUUCAUUUUUGGCUUCUCUGCAGUGACUGUUAUGUACCUCAUCAUGGUGGUUGCUGUUCAAGUGCACGGUUGGCAGUUAUAUUACAUGAAAAAACUCUUAGACUCAUGGUUCGAUGCCACUCAGGAGAAGAAGAAGAAAUAAUGUAGCGAAGAAAGCUGUGACUGGGCAAAACUGUGUUUUCUAUCUUUAUUCAUAAGUUAUGCAUAUUAUUCAUGUCUAUUUAUUAAGUAAUCAUUAUCAUGUUACAUCAUACCUUAGACACCAGUGUUUCCUGACGCAGAUAUAAAAUAGAGUGAGAUGUACACUUUAUGCAGGAACUUGGAUUUUUUUGUCACUGUUAUUUAUUGAAAGCGGAUGAUAAGUGUUGAGUACACACAAUCAGGAAUGGCAUCAAAGCAACAUAAACAAUCAUCUUGUUCCCUCUUCAUCACUGCAUCUAGACUGCAACUUUUCUCCAAACAGAGUCAUUUAGGACAAAAACAUCAUUGUUAUCUCUCUGAAAAAAUAUUUGAACAGGAUAGAUGUAGAGGUUUUCAUACUCAUACAAGAACAGCAGUGGAGGCACGAACUGUUCCAACAUGAACAUGUUGAACCCAUCGGCUUUCGGUCUGAUGACGGAUAAGCACAUGAAUGCAGAAUCUGUUUACAGAG